GCUUUUUUAAAAGCCCUUCAGCCCGAGGAUGUGGGUGGAUUUCGUCUCCUUCAUACGCCUUUAGACCCAGACCAACUUUCACUCGAAGGACGCAGGAGCCCAUAAGAGCUUUUGAGACAUAUAUUCCUUGCAAGCGAAGGCUGUCCGUUUGGAAUGGGAAGAUGUCCGCGAAUGAAACAUAUGUGUGCCGGCCUUUUAAACUGAUCGCUCUACUUUGCGUAUUUCUCGCCCUGAGUCUGGAUAUAGUGGCGCUGCUCAGUCCCGCUUGGGUCACCGCGGACCGCUACUCUUUGUCGCUGUGGGGGUCUUGCUGGGAAGAAGCUGCUGUCUGGAAUUGCUUGUCAACUUUAAGGACUGAUUGGCAGGUGGCCACGGCGGUGCUGCUGCUGGCCGGAGCCGCGGUCACGCUGGUCGCCUUCCUCAUCGCCCUCAUCUCGCUCUGCAAGGGGACGCAGUGGAACCACUAUCGCACUGUCGCCAUCUUCCUCUUCACUGCAGUGGUCCUGCAGGCUUGUGCACUGGUCCUCUACCCCAUCAAGUUCAUCGAUGGGAAGGUCCUUCAAACCUACCAUGAGUUUAACUGGGGCUACGGCCUGGGUUGGGGCGCUACCAUCUUCAUGCUGGGGGGUGGGAUACUGUUCUGCCUACGCACAGACCUGUAUGAGGACGCCCUCUACUGACAGCACGCGGAACGCAGGAUGCCAACAGACUGUGGACCUGUCGGCGCGUAGGCGGGCCAGAGGCCGAGACGAACAGCUGCUCAGAGAGUACCAACACCAUCGGCACGAGCCCAGAAGCGUCUAAGGAUGGAAGCACCGCCCGCGAGUGAUAAUUUCAUUCUCCGUCAAACGGAACUUUCUAGUGCUUAGAAGUAAAGGGCAAAACUUGUCAGUUAUUCGAUUUUUUUACUUCAUUUAAAUAUUCAUUGAAUGUGGCGAUAUCAAAACUACUAAAUGCAUUUUUAAAGUAAUUAUUUUUAAAUAAUACCAUAUUGCUUCCCUCAACUAUGUAUUACAUUCAUGCAUAUUUUCUCGGUUUAUAUUAAAAAAAAAAUCUGAACUAUAUGUACAUAGCAAAAAAAAUUCAAUUUAUUGUAUAGUGGGAAAGAAAUGGGGGAACCUGUCUUAACAGUGGAAUGACUGACUGCCAAAAUGCUGUUUCUGUAGUUAUGACAAAAUGAAGGGAGUUGGCUUAGAAUUUCCACCCCUGCUAUAGGUACCAUUCAGAUAUUGUGAUUGUCCCAAUGCAUGUUACAUGCAUAUGCAGCUCUUAAUAGUUUACCAACGUUCGCUGUUGCCGAAAUUAUGCUCUCGAAAAUAAGAUGAGCAUUUUGAAAUAUAAAUCAGUAGCUGUCUUUCUGUGCAUCAUUGAUGUUUGAUAUAUGGGACGACGCGGAGGUGCAGUGAUUCGCACUGUUGUAUCCCACAUCUGGGACCAGGGUUUGAGUCUCUGCUAUGGCUCCAUGUGUGUGGAGUCUGCAUGUUGUUGUGGGAUUUUCUCCAGGUACCUCCGUUUCCCACCCCCCAUCCAAAAACAUGCCAAGUUUAAUUGCCGUUACCAAAUCGCCCAUAGAUGUGAAUGGUGCGUGUGCCCUGCAAGGGGUUGGUGCCCCAUCCUGAGUUGUUCCCUGCCUUGUGCUUUUAGCCCCCAGGAUACUUUCCAGACCCCCCAUGACCCUGAAAAGGACAACCAGUUACAGAACAUGGAAGUGAAAUGUUUGAUGAAUGAUUUGAAGUACACUUGCAGUAUAUUUCCUGCCAUUUGAAGUACACUUGCAGUAUAUUUCCUGCCAUCCAUAGUACAGCAGGCGGUGCAGGGCUGUUAACGUAAUGUGAUGUAGCAGCAGGAGUGUGUGCUGCAGUGAUAUUCACCAGACACUUAUCCUGAAUUAUAAUUAUAUACCAAAAAUCAGAACCAUUUGCUAUUACAGCAUCAGCAAAGUAAGUAAAUGAGCUGUAAUUUACUUAAAAUUCAUGAUUUGCAGUAGUUUAUGGUUAAUGUGGCCCUAUUUUUGUCAAACUGCUGAACUGUGGAUGGAUUCCUGUAUAUUGAAUGAUUUAAGUGUGCAUGUUUUAACGAUGAAUUUAAAGCAGAGGGGAAAUUCUGCGUGGGCAUAGUUGACUUGCAGGUUGCUCGGCGUAACAAAGCUGAGACUGUGUCCAGUCAGGAGGUCUCCUCACGAAGGCCACCCAAGUGCAGGACUGUCUACGCUUCCGUAGCAUUUGUGGCAUCGCAAGACACUGCACUGCCAUCCGGGUCAACGGGAGAAGAGCCACCAAACAUCCGUGACCGACGCUGGUUUCUGAUUUGCGUGCUCAGGUCUGGAAUGUGAUUGAGGUACUGAACAUUUCAUAAAUCAUAAAAGUGAGAGGUUUGGUUACCGCAAGACUGGACAUCAUUUUUAUACUUAUAUAAAUCCUGAUUUUGUCCCCCCUAAUAACAAUGACUUAUUAUGUGGUGGGUUAAGGUUUAGUAAGGUUAAGGUUCACCGUGAGUUUAGACAUUCCUUGCACAUUUGUACAACAGCACAUACUUGGACUGUCCUGCAUGUUAUACAAUAAAUGUUACUAGUCUGUUGUACCGAAA